UAUGGCUCAUGAUGAUCGUGGUAGAUUAACCAGAGUGACUCACUCAGUUCCUGUACCACAGAAUCUGGAAUGCAAACACUGCAUUUCCCAGACUCCCUUGCAGGUUGGACUAGGUUCCACCAAGCCAGACAUGGUGAAAGUGAGAUGGUGACCAUAGGUGGAGAGAGAGAAUUCUCUGAAGGUAUGGUGGGUGGAUUUGGUUCUUUCGGGGCAGUACUAUCAGGUCCCUGUCAUCUUAAGAGCCAAGUGAUGGGGCAGUAGUCUCAGUGGAACAAUGAAAUUGGGCAUUUCUCAGAGAUGCACGGCUCCUUGCUGUGCAGUACUUGAGCUUGGUUACCCAGUCCCCCUGGAAACCUGUAAGCUCCUUGAUGCCUUGUAUAAGCAUACCCCUCUAGCUGGAGAAGUUUCUAUUGUCUGCAGCUAAGAACCAUGAGUUUUUAAAAAAUUUUAUUUAUUUAUCUUUGGCUGCAUUGGGUCUUUUUUGCUGCGUGCGGGCUUUCUCUAGUUGUGGAGAGCGGGGGCUACUCUUCAUUGUGGUGCUCUGGCUUCUCAUUGCGGUAGCUUCUCUUGUUGCGGAGCUCAGGCUCUAGGCGCGCGGGCUUCAGUAGUUGUGGCACACGGGCUCAGUAGUUGUGGCUCACAGGCUGUAGAACGCAGGCUCAGUAGCUGUGGCGCACGGGCUUAGUUGCUCCACAGCAUGUGGGAUCUUCCGGGACCAGGGCUCGAACCCGUGUCCCCUGCUUUGGCAGGCGGAUUCUUAACCGCUGUGCCACCAGGGAAGUCCCAGAAGUCAAAUUUUUUGAAGUUUCAGUUUAAACACUUGAAAGGGUCAGAAGGGCAGUCAAGGAAACUCUUCCCCUCUUCUAUCAACUUUUAUUUAUUACAAAAACGAUGUAACAUUAAAUAGAAUGUAAAAAUUCAUCCAAAAUCUCACUGGGCUAACACAUUGCAAUAUUCCCAUUUUCUUCUCAGCCAUUCCUAUGCCUUAUUUUUGUAGGCAGUGGUCUACAUACAAUUUUGCAUUCUGCUUUUUUUUUUUUUUUGGCUGCACCACUCCGCGUGUGGGAUCUUAGUUCCUCAACGAGGGAGGAACCCACUCCCCCUGCAUCGGAAGCCGAGUCUUAACCACUGGACAGCUAGGGAAGUCCCUCUGCUUUUUAACACAAUGUUAUAUCAUGAGCGUUUUUCAGGUUGUAACCUAGUCUUCCUUUUUUCAUGGCAUAAUAUUUCUGUCAGUAGCCAUCUUAUCACUUCUUGAACAACUCCGGUCCCUAAACAUUUAUUUAUCUUCCAGCUUGUUUUGGCAUCACAGCUUACACUUCAGACAUGUCUUUAGAGAUUCGUUACCUUAUCAUUGCUUCUCAGGCGCUCAGCAUUGUCCGGUCUGUGGGCCCAACUAUCUCCAUUGCUUUUAGGAGCGUCAUCGGGCCACAGGAAAACACCAAUGAAGGUCUUGCCUGUUCUCUUUAAUUUUUGUUACUUUUCCGGUUGCCUCCUCGACCCAGUCUGCCUUGCUCUAAUUUUUAGGGAGGAUGACCCUUUAUCCACUGAUCUCCAGGUGAAAAGGCUCCCAUUUUGGGGGCGCGUGACUCGGGAGUCGGGAAGCAGCACCCGUCUUGCCGGGUUUGCUCCCGGCCACGCCCCACCGGCCCAGCUCUGCCCCGCCCCGCCCGCGGGACUACACUUCCCAGGCGCCCCUGCGCGGCGAGCGCGGCCGCAGCUUCCAGCAGCAGGUUGGGACGCGGGGGCCGAGGCGCAGGCGGGACGUAAUGGCUGCGUGGGGCGAGCGGCUGGCUGGCGUGCGCGGGGUACUGCUGGACAUCACAGGCGUGCUGUACGACGGCGGUGAGGGCGGCGGCGCGCCGAUCGCAGGCUCUGUGGAGGCGCUGGCGAGACUGAAGCGGUCCCAGCUGAAGGUGAGGUUCUGCACCAACGAGUCGCAGAAGUCCCGGGGGGACCUGGUGGGGAUGCUUCGGCGCCUGGGCUUCGACAUCUCAGAGGGCGAGGUGACCGCCCCGGCCCCUGCCACCUGCCUGAUCCUGAAGGAGCGAGGCCUGCGGCCACACCUGCUCAUCCACGACGGAGUCCGCUCCGAAUUUGAUCAGAUCGACACGUCCAACCCAAACUGUGUCGUAAUUGCAGAUGCAGGAGAAGGCUUUUCUUAUCAAAACAUGAAUAAAGCUUUCCAGGUGCUCAUGGAGCUGGAGAAUCCUGUGCUCUUCUCACUGGGAAAGGGAAUCCACAGUUUCUUCUUUGUGGCCAGAACACUCAGACGCUACUACAAGGAGACCUCUGGCCUGAUGCUGGACGUUGGCCCCUACACGAAGGCGCUUGAGUAUGCCUGUGGUAUCGAAGCCGAGGUGGUGGGGAAACCUUCCCCUGAGUUUUUCAAGUCUGCUCUGCGGGAGAUGGGCGUGGAAGCCCACCAGGCCAUCAUGAUCGGGGACGACAUCGUGGGUGACGUCAGCGGUGCCCAGCAGUGUGGGAUGAGAGCGCUGCAGGUGCGGACCGGGAAGUUCAGGUCCUCAAACGAGGGUUUCCUGGGUUUCCGGGGCUCUCUCCGGCCUAAGGGAGUGAGGGAGACCCCACUCGAAACCUCAUCAGCAUUCUCUCCCGGAGGCCAGUCUGGGAACCCGAGGUCCCCAGCGCCCGCUUCCCCCGAAGCUGCUGAGCCGUGGGACUUGGCGCGCUUUGGUUGA